GUAUACACAAAUAACGUUCGCCGUCGCCAAGGUCAACUAUUAGAAGGUUGCGGUGGCAGCUCAUGCCACCCUGUUCAGCAAGCAGAGAGGAGGGAUGGGGAGGAAGAAGAGUAUCUUGGCAAUCACACUCUUUCUUCAACUCCUUUCCUCUGCUCGAUGCAUCAGUCGUAGCGAUUUCCCUCCAUCGUUCCUCAUGGGGACUGCAACUUCUUCUUACCAGUGUUUUCAGAUUGAAGGUGCAUAUUUAGAAGGUAAUAAAAGUCUGAACAAUUGGGAUGUCUUAAGUCACAUACCAGGAAAAAUUAAAGAUGGGAGAAAUGGUGAUAUUGCUGAUGACCACUAUCAUCGCUACAUGGAAGAUAUCGAAUUAAUGCACGAACUCGGGAUUAACUCAUAUAGAUUCUCAAUAUCAUGGUCAAGAGUUCUUCCAAGAGGUCAAUUUGGGGAUGUCAAUCCUGUUGGAAUAGAAUUCUACAAUAGGCUUAUUGAUGCUGUUUUGCUGAAAGGAAUACAACCAUUUGUGACACUCAACCAUUUUGAUAUACCUCAAGAACUUGAAGAUCGAUAUGGCUCAUGGUUGAGUUCACAUAUACAGGAAGAUUUUAGAUAUUUUGCAGAAGUAUGUUUCAGGGAAUUUGGAGAUAGAGUGAAGUUUUGGAUCACAUUCAAUGAACCAAACCUUUUUUUGAAAUUCGCUUACCAGAUUGGAAGGUAUCCCCCAAGUCGUUGUUCAGAGCCAUAUGGAAAUUGCCAAAGCGGAGAUUCUGAAAGAGAACCAUAUAUAGCAGCCCGCAAUGUAAUCUUAUCUCACGCAAUUGCAGUUGAUAUUUAUAGGAAAAAAUAUCAGGUUAAACAAGGUGGUUCUAUUGGAAUUGUUGUCACUUCAAAGUGGUUUGAGCCAUUGACAAAUUCAACAGCUGAUUGUUUAGCAGCUGAACGGGCAUUAGCAUUUGAAGCUCCAUGGAUUCUAGACCCAAUAUUGCGCGGUGCUUAUCCCCAGCAAAUGCUUGAAAUCCUUGGUUCAAGAUUACCCCCUUUCACCUUGGAAGAAAAGAAAUUUCUAUUGCACAACAAACUGGACUUUAUUGGGAUCAACCACUAUGCAAGCAACUAUGUCAAGGAUUGCAUGCUCUCUUCAUGCAACUUGGAUGGCUAUGGCAGGGAUGCAUUGGUAAUUACAACUGAGAGUAAAGAUGGUAAGCUAAUCGGUGAUGAGACUGGCUUGGCAACAUUUAAUUCAGUACCUUAUGGAAUUGAAAAAAUGGUGCUGUAUAUCAUGGAAAGAUAUAAAAACGUACCUACAUACAUCACUGAGAAUGGUUAUGCGCAACAGAGCCAAGGUUUAUCUAAGGAGGAAUUGCUAAAUGACACAGAGAGGGUCAAAUAUAUCAGCUCUUACCUUGACUAUUUAUCCUCUGCCAUAAGACAAGGAGCUGAUGUAAGAGGCUACUUCUGUUGGACUCUUCUUGAUAACUUUGAGUGGGUAUUUGGUUAUACGCUGAACUUUGGGCUUUAUCAUGUUGACUUCCAAACACAAAGAAGAACUGCAAAACUGUCUGCUAAAUGGUACAAGAAAUUUCUGAGUGCUGAAAAGCUUCAAUUGAACACCAAAGCGUUGAGACGUGAGGUUUGACUCCUAUUUAAAGGUGGAGUUGUAAGAUCAUAUUAUGGGAACGUUUGUUUAUUAUAGUGUAUUUAUUUUGUGACUUUAGUUUUCAUGUCUCCUGUUAUUUGUCAUGUUCAAGGAAAAUUAUUAUUUAAUAAAUUCCUGUAGAUCUCACCAA